GUGCUUUCCGUAUCUCUUGAUUUGCGUAUGUAGUUUGGGAGGAAAGAAGGGUGGGAAGGGCCCAUCUAGACUUUAUGGCCUCUUGGGAUACUUGAUUCCUGUGGCUUUGAGGUUGUGGAAAGGCAUCAACAGAAGUCCAAGACCCUUCAAAAGAAAUUACGGCCUUGGAAGACAUCUGAAAGACGACUCGGGGCUGUUGUCUCCUGUCCUUGGGGAAACCGGCUGGUCCCUGGAUGAGGAAGAUGGAUAUUGAGAUAAGAUGCAGCAUGUCAGGGGUUCAAUGCGGGGCAGAGCGCGGGGCAUGUUUUCCAUCUGAAGCCCCAAACACAGACAACUUGACUCUCGACAAAAACCCACAACAAUCAACGACCUCACCAUGUCCACACAAGCAGAGACCAAAGCCAAAGCCGAGGCACUCGUGCCAAAGUUCAAGUUCGAAAAGCUGCUGAAUCAAGACCAAGCAGGCCGCCGAACCUCCCUCCUCGGCACAAUCGACUCUCUCCCCGCCCUCCUCAUCCUCGAGCGUGCCCCCUUCCCAUCCUCCCCCGAUUACCUCGCCUCAGUCCCGACCACCCUCCAAACUCUCAAGAACCUAGGUGCUAAUGACAUCUACCACUGGUACCUCGCCAAUUCCUCAUCCCAGAACCCAUCCGACGAGACGGCCGACCUCAAGAUCAACCUCAUCCACCCCUGCACCGAAAAGCACAUCAAGAAAUACUCCAAACAGGGCGUCCGUCUCGUCUCCGAAACACCACAAAUCUACCUCGAGCGUGUCAGGCCGUACAUGCAAGCCCAGCGCGACGCCGGCCGUCUGAACUGGGUGUUCAAUAUUGUUGAAGGGAGGACUGAGGUCGAGGAUGUCAUCUACCGCACACCGUUCGAUGCCGCUUCCCUCAACAAAGAAGGGUUCUUGUUGCUGCCCGACCUGAACUGGGACCGCCAGACACUCGAUGCGCUGCACUUGCUGGGUCUGGUGGAGAGAAGAGACAUUUGGUCCUUGCGCGACCUGAAAAAAAAACACAUCCCUUGGCUGAACCACAUGAAGGAGAAGUUCAUCGAGGCAACGACAAAGGUGUACCCAGCCAUCGAGGCUGACCAGCUGAAACUCUAUGUCCACUACCAGCCCACAUAUUACCACUUUCAUAUUCACAUUGUGCACGUGCAGCUCGAGGCGGGCGCCACGCAGGCGACGGGUAAGGCGGUUGGAUUAGAUAGCAUUAUAUCGCAGUUGGAGACGAUGGGUGGCGGGGACGAAGCGGGCAUGGACCGGGCUACAAUGAGCUACACUCUGGGCGAGGCCAGCGAUCUGUGGGUCGAGGUGUUCGAGCCGCUCAAGCGCGCCGGUGGUAAAGCUUCUCAAUCGCAAUGACGAGGUCAUUGACGCUGGAACCGUGGGGGCAUUCCUUCCAUCGGCCGUUAUCGCGGACGCAGUAGAUCUCCUCGUUGAGGCGGACGGUGCAGCUCUUGGUCACGCCGGCCGCCGAGGUUCUCCUGACGCUGCUUCUGAGCAUACCCAUCCCAUAGGCGCCAUCAUCCUUAGUGGCGCACUCGUUGAGCUUGUCAAAGUCGAUGGCAUGCUCGAGGGCGCAGUCCUCGAUCAAACCGCGCUGGGGGAUGUGGCGGUAGUCCUUAGUUAAGCACAUGACGAACCCGAGAUAGGUCUUCGGGUCUGGGUAAAGGCUUUGGGCGCAGAGCUCAAUGAUGUUGCCGAGGCCUGGAGACAUUGCCUGUUAGUCUUUGGCGCGCUAGAUGUUUAGCACAAGGGUAAACAUACACUCCUCUGCGCCAUGCUUGCAAGCCACUCCGUCAUCGUGUUCGGUUGGUCUGUGGUACACUGUGUCAGGGUCUGUCCAUCAAGGUGCGCAUGCCACAAACGGUGAGGCAAAUAGGGGGGGUGGAGGUGUAGCGUACCGGCCGAUGAACGAGAGGGUAAAGUUGACCUUGUCGAGAGUUUUCUGCAUGACAGGGAGAACGAGAUCGCGGAGGCAGUCCUAUACCGGAGACAAGGGGUUAGCCGCUGAGCUGAGUUUCCACGUCGGCAUCAAAGCAAACAAUACCUUCGCGUCAGGGCACUUGGACAUGAUAUGCGCCUCAAGAGGAACCAACCCCCUUUUGACGCUAGGCUCCACCAUAUUGAUUACCGUCUCAGGCGCCGAGGGUUGCUGAGCGGCAUGGUGAUGGGCGGUGUGUGAGUGAAGCGGGUGGUUUGGGUUCUGCUGGAAGAAGCAGUAGAUGAAUCCGACAACGACAAGAUAUGCGACAGCGAGGAGGAAGCGUCCUGGGCUGAGGCCGCGACGCGGUGGGAUGAGCGGCAUUCCGGGGUUGCCAGCGGGGUAUUUCUCGUCCAUCCCCAUCUUUGGUGGUGAUGUUGAUGAGAUGAUGUAUACAAAAAGAUGCAAGAUAACGGAUAUGGUUGCAGGUGAUUUGGGUUGCGGCGCAGUGCUGGCUGGUGGUUGUCUUGGCUGAGGAUGCGAGGGGAGAAGAAGAAAAUUGGACUGGACGCCAAGUGCCAAGGUUGGGGUUUUUGGAGAGCUAAUGAUGUGGGGUGGUUUAGCUGUUGAGACUUGCAGUUGUCAGUCAGUCAAGACGGGAUGUUCUGGUUGAUGGAAGUGCUUGACAUCAAGAUACUGGAGAGAUGCCACCAACCCGAGUCGCAUCACAAAGCUAGGUAUCCGGAAGUCUGGAGGCUGACACGGGACAAUGGAGCUCAAUCAUGUGAACCAGCGGACGUGGAUCCGGCAAACUCCC